CGUGGAGAUGGCAUGUAGAGGUCCCUAUACAAGGGGACGUGUUUUCCGAAAGAGAAAGGGAUACGUGCUAGCAUGGCAUAUCGGGACCCACAACAUGUCCAGCAGGAUGAACAGGAUCGUAAUCCUGGUAUAAAGGAGAACCAUUUUGCAGAUUACAAUGCCUCUGGAGACAUUCCCGAUACAGCGAUAGAUAUUCGCCCUCCCAUCCCACCUCCGAGUCCCCAACAUGUGAUUUCACAGAGGUCUCUAUCCCAGACCCACCACCACACCCUAAUGAUAGCGGUGUUCUCGCACCCCUAG